CAAAAUCACCCUUCUAGAUCAUUCUUCUUGAGCUUGGCCUGGUAAUAAAAGCCCGGUAACACUCCUUUCGGCACAGAGGCAUCCUCAGAGAGGCAACUGUCAACAUCGAUAUUAACACAUUCUUACAACGAAAACUGCAUUUCAAGGAUCAGGCACAAUGUCAAUGGAUCAUAAUGAAGAAAAAGAGGCAGAGGCAAUGAUGGUGGAUGGAGACAGUGGGAUGGGAUCUACAGAAUCUGGUAGUCGUCGGGAUUCUCUGUCUAGCAUGGCGAGUGCGAAUUCAUCGGCCACUUCGAGCAACGACACCACAAUCGGAUCCAUGUCCGAUCGGCGUAGCUUACUCAGCUCGAAUGCGAGUUCGAUGUCGGGAAUGAGUGACCGAUCCCUUUCAUCGCGGAGUGGUCAGACCAGUGAUGCAGGCUAUCCGGACAGCGUCUCAUCAAUCCGUAGAUCGUCGCUAUCGAGCGUGCGAAGUGAUGACAGUACGACCACGAUUCGUAGCGAUGCGACGGCGACAUCGGGUCAUACACGAGUCCACAUCCCAUACAACCACCACUUCGGCACUACAAACACGACGACCACUACGCCCAGAUCGGACCCGACUAUCGAGAUCAUGGUUGGGGACUUCAACGGCAAGACGCACAUCGUCAGGGUCAGGCCGACGGACACGGUCAAUUACCUCAAGAGCAAGAUUGAAGAGAAGUUGAAGGUCGCCCCUUCUCAGCAGCAGUUGACUUUCCAAGGGAAACCCCUCAUGAAUGACGCAAGCACCGUGUCAUCAUGUGGACUCCAUAAUUUGAGUACCGUGCAGUUGCAGGGUCGACUGAGGGGCGGUAAAGAUUACAUGCAUCGGGCUGGUUUCGUCUGAGAUGACGACGACAAAGAUGGGAGACACAUGAGAAAA